GUUAGGUGCACCGUCAGGCUUCUACUGCUGCUAUUACACUGUGUGGGAUAUUCUCAUGGGAUGCCACACGUCCUCAGAUUUGGAGGAAUAUUCGAGUCCAUUGAGAGCGGCCCGUCAGGAGCGGAGGAACUAGCCUUUAAAUUUGCUUUAAACACAAUCAACAGGAACAGAACCUUACUGCCAAACACCACGCUCACCUACGACAUCCAAAGGAUAAACAUCUACGACAGCUUCGAGGCCUCCAGGAAAGCCUGUGACCAGCUCUCCCUGGGGGUGGCGGCCAUCUUUGGUCCCUCUCACAGUUCCUCGGCUAACGCGGUCCAGUCCAUUUGUAACGCCCUGGGGGUCCCUCACAUCCAGACCAAGUGGAAGCACCAAGUAUCAGACAACAGAGACGUCUUCUAUGUCAGCCUCUAUCCUGACUUCUCCUCGCUGAGCCGAGCCAUCCUGGACCUGGUCCACUUCUUUAAAUGGAAGACGGUCACCGUGGUGUACGACGACAGUACCGGUUUGAUUCGGUUGCAAGAGCUCAUAAAAGCGCCGUCCCGCUACAACAUCCGGUUAAAGAUCCGGCAGCUCCCCGCGGACACCAAGGAUGCUAAACCGCUGCUGAAGGAGAUGAAGAGAGGGAAGGAGUUUCACAUCAUCUUCGACUGUGGACACGAGAUGGCUGCUGGGAUUCUCAAGCAGGCUCUGGCCAUGGGGAUGAUGACGGAGUAUUAUCACUAUAUCUUCACCACUCUGGACCUGUUUGCUCUGGACGUGGAGCCGUACCGAUACAGUGGUGUGAACAUGACGGGCUUCAGGAUCCUCAACACGGAGAACAGCCAGGUGGCGUCCAUCAUCGAGAAAUGGUCCAUGGAACGCCUGCAGGCUCCUCCCAAACCUGACUCUGGUCUACUGGACGGCUUUAUGACCACGGACGCCGCGCUGAUGUACGAUGCCGUGCACGUGGUGGCCGUGGCUGUGCAGCAGUCUCAGCAGAUCACCGUCAGCUCAUUACAGUGCAACCGACACAAACCCUGGCGCUUCGGCAACCGCUUCAUGGCCCUCAUCAAAGAGGCCCACUGGGACGGCCUGACCGGCAGAAUCACUUUUAACCGCUCCAACGGGCUGAGGACGGACUUUGACCUGGACGUCAUCAGUCUGAAGGAGGAGGGUCUCGAGAAGAUUGGAACCUGGGACCCUCCUAGUGGUCUGAACAUGACUGACAACCAGAAGGGAAAGACCACGAACGUCUCUGAUUCCUUAUCCAACCGCUCUCUGGUCGUCUCCACCAUUCUGGAGGAGCCGUACGUGAUGUUCAAGAAGUCUGACAAGCCGCUGUACGGGAACGACCGCUUCGAGGGCUACUGCAUUGACCUGCUGAGGGAGCUGUCCAACAUCCUUGGCUUCACGUACGAGAUCCGCCUGGUGGAGGACGGGAGGUACGGCGCUCAGGAUGAGAACACGGGCCAGUGGAACGGCAUGGUCAAGGAGCUGAUGGAACACAGAGCUGACCUGGCAGUGGCUCCCCUCGCCAUCACAUACGUGCGUGAGAAGGUUAUCGACUUCUCCAAGCCCUUCAUGACGCUGGGUAUAAGUAUACUGUACCGCAAGCCCAACGGGACCAACCCUGGGGUCUUCUCCUUCCUCAACCCCCUCUCGCCCGAUAUCUGGAUGUAUAUUCUGCUGGCUUACUUGGGUGUCAGUUGUGUGCUGUUUGUCAUAGCCAGGUUUAGUCCCUACGAGUGGUAUAACCCCCACCCGUGCAACCCCGACUCGGAUGUAGUGGAAAACAAUUUCACCCUGCUAAAUAGUUUCUGGUUCGGAGUUGGAGCUCUCAUGCAGCAAGGCUCUGAGCUCAUGCCGAAAGCCCUCUCCACCAGAAUUGUAGGAGGAAUCUGGUGGUUUUUCACGCUCAUCAUCAUCUCCUCCUACACGGCCAACCUGGCGGCCUUCCUCACCGUGGAGAGGAUGGAGUCGCCCAUCGACUCAGCCGACGACCUGGCCAAGCAGACUAAGAUAGAAUACGGGGUGGUGGAGGAUGGCGCGACCAUGACCUUCUUCAAGAAAACCAAGAUCUCCACCUACGAUAAGAUGUGGGAGUUCAUGAGCAGUCGCAGACACUCAGUGAUGGUGAAGAACAUCGAGGAAGGCAUUCACCGUGUGCUCACCUCCGACUACGCCUUCCUCAUGGAGUCCACCACCAUCGAGUUUGUCACCCAGCGAAACUGUAACCUCACACAGAUCGGAGGCCUUAUCGACUCCAAAGCCUACGGGGUCGGCACACCAAUGGGCUCUCCGUACAGAGAUAAGAUCACUAUUGCCAUCCUGCAGCUCCAGGAGGAAGGGAAGCUGCACAUGAUGAAGGAGAAAUGGUGGCGAGGAAACGGCUGCCCGGAGGAGGAGAGUAAGGAGGCCAGCGCCCUCGGGGUGCAGAACAUCGGCGGGAUCUUCAUCGUCCUGGCCGCCGGACUCGUCCUCUCGGUGUUCGUGGCCGUGGGAGAAUUCCUCUACAAGUCCAAACAGAACGCACAACUGGAGAAGAGGUCCUUCUGCAGUGCCAUGGUGGACGAGCUGCGGGUUUCUCUGAAGUGCCAGCGCCGCCUCAAACACAAGCCCCAGCCGCCCGUCAUGGUGAAAACGGAGGAGGUCAUCAACAUGCACACCUUCAACGACCGCAGACUGCCAGGGAAAGAGACCAUGGCGUAA